AUGGUCACUCCCCUCCCCCUACAACACUCUUACUCUCGACACCCUCCGAAGCAUAACAUCAUCUCUCUACCCUCCGGCCCAUUCAUCAGCCGUUACCAGGGAAAAGCAUUUCGCAUUUGUGGAAUGGGCCAAAGGCAUAACAGACGUCGCACUCGCCCUCGAUCUCGGAACUACAGCACCGCCAACGUCGACUGUUUCCAAGUCCGCUUCGCAGAUUCACCUCCCUGCGCCGCUUCCCGGUCCAAGCUCUUCGUUCCUAGACCGUUGCAUCCUACCGAUUUCACUGCCCGUGUAUCACGCGAGCCGUAUCAAAUACCACCCGCCCAUAUCUGGCAUUAUUGGUAUCUGGCAUGGCAGAAACGUGAACGCAGACUGCGGUUAGAGACUGCAAAGUUAGAGGCGGAACAAUGCCGUCUCUUCGGUGGUGAACCAGGCGAUGACAUGAGUCUCUGUUAUCGCAUGUUGGAGUACUUUGAUGGGCUCGAUUAUAUCGACCCACCGUGA